CUUUUUAUUCCCCCAGUAAGGACAAAUGUAUUAUUCCCUCUACAUCAGCUUUAUUUGCAGGGGCCAACAGAACUCGGAUAGCACAGGUGGGCUUUCUAGCUCCAGUGUUACUUGGGCCCUACUGGCAUCAGCACUUCUCUCUAAAGCCUUUGGCCUCUGCUUGUGGAACCCUCUGGAACAUGUCAUGUCGGGAGUUACUUUGUUCUAAAUGUCUCUUAAAAUGUUUGUUCUUAUUUAAGUGUUCUUCAGUCCGAUUUGAAUGAGGUGCCUUGGAGUAAAGGCCCUCUGCAGAGUUCCUGUCCAUAGGGCUGGACAAGAUGCCAAAGCAGGAAAAUGGCCAAAAAGAAGAUUGUGUCACCAAGAAUGACCUCAAUGAGUCAUUUGAAGAAGUUGGAGCCUUCCUCAGUGAUGAAGAGAAACUACAUCUUAUCGAUGACCUCACUAAAGUCAAUCCUGUGACAACUACCACAGUUCUGAAAUGUCUUCAAGCAAGAUACAGAGUAAACUUGUUCUAUACAAACGCUGGCUGCAGCCUGGUGGCUUUAAACCCAUUUCAGCCUGUCUCCUGCCUCUACUUGCCUGAGCUUAUGAGAGAGUACCACCUCGCACUCAGGCCUCAGGAUUUAAAGCCUCACAUCUUUGCAGUGGCUGAGGAAGCCUACCGAAACGUCCGUAGCCAGGUAGACCCUGUAAACCAGUCUAUAAUUGUGAGUGGAGAAAGUGGUGCUGGAAAGACCUGGACAUCUCGCUGCCUUAUGAAAUUCUAUGCUUCUGUGGCUGCUUCAACUAUCUCCCCAAAAGGCAAUGAAACUGUGGAAAGGAUAGAGAAGAGAGUAUUGGAUUCUAACCCUGUCAUGGAAGCCUUUGGGAAUGCCUGCACCCUGCGGAAUAACAACAGCAGCCGCUUUGGCAAAUACAUCCAGCUGCAGCUAGACAGAUUCCACCAUCUGAGCAGUGCUUCCAUUCAGACCUUCCUGUUGGAGAAGACCAGAGUUACCUAUCAGGCCCCCAGUGAAAGAAAUUUUCACAUUUUUUAUCAGAUCACAAAAGGUGCUACUGCAGAGGAGAGGCUGGAAUGGCAUCUUCCAGAAGGGGCUGACUACCACUGGCUGCCAAAUUCUGAAAGAAACUUAGAUGAGGACUGCUUCGAGGUGACCAGAGAUGCAAUGUUUCACCUGGGCAUUGACCACUCCAUGCAGAACAAUAUUUUCAAGGUGUUGUCAGGCCUGCUCCAACUGGGGAAUGUUCAGUUCUCUAAUUCAGUGGAUGAAUCUCAGCCUUGUGAACUACAAGACAAAGCCAAAGAUUUUGUGAAGAUUGCUGGAGAUCUGCUGAAGAUACCUGUUGAUGAACUAUUGGAGUCAUUAAGAAUUAGAACAAUAACUGCUGGAAAACAAGUCUUCAAGAAGCCAUGCUCCAGAGCUGAAUGUGAGACUAGGAGGGACUGCCUUGCCAAAGUGAUCUAUGCAAAAUUGUUUGAAUGGCUUGUUUUGGUCAUAAAUGAAAGCAUCUACGCAGAGCCAUCGGUGUGGAAGAGCUUCAUAGGUUUGCUGGAUGUUUAUGGUUUUGAAGCCUUCCCUGAAAACAGCUUGGAACAGCUUUGUAUCAACUAUGCCAACGAGAAACUGCAGCAGCACUUUGUAGCACACUACCUGAAGGCACAACAGGAAGAAUAUGCAGCUGAAGGCCUACAGUGGUCUUUCAUAAACUACCAGGACAACCAGCCUUGCCUUGAUCUGAUUGAGGGCAAUCCUCUCAGCAUUUUUUCUUUGCUUAAUGAGGAGUGUCGUCUGAACAGAUCCUCCAACACUGAGCUGUUUCAAACUCGGAUUGAGAAAGCCUUGUCUAAUAAUCAAUGCUUGAGUCGAAACAAGUUUAGUAAGAAGCCAAACUUCAUUAUUUCACAUUAUGCUGGCAAAGUCUGCUAUCAGCUGGCAGCAAUGGUGGAGAAAAACAAGGACCCCAUUCCACCAGAGCUGGUCCAGGUUUUGCAGAAUUCUAAGGACCCUUUGCUUCAAAAAUUAUUUCCUGUGACAGAAAGGAACCAGAAUAACCUCAAACCUCAGAACAGAGCAGCUGUUGUUACAGUGGUGUCAAAGUUCAAGGGUUCACUUGAACAUCUCCUGCAGAUUCUGAACAGCACCACACCCCAUUACAUCCGAUGCAUCAAGCCCAAUGCUGACUGCCAGGCAAUGACUUUUAAAAGGGAAGAGGUUCUCAGCCAGCUUCAGGCUUGUGGAAUAGUUGAAGCCAUCAGCAUCAGUGCAGCAGGCUUCCCUGUUAGGAUCCCUUUCCAAAGCUUCAUGGAGCGCUAUGCAAUACUGAGAAAACCCUGUGGCUCCAACAGAAAGAGAGUGUGUGAUCAAAGCAGCUCUCACACUGCUGAGGAAACAGGCGAGGCUGCAGUGGUUGAUGAUGACAAAGCAUCACCUUCUACGGUUCUUGAGAUCCUUCAGAGCGUGGUUAUGGGACAGACUACCCCUGAGCAAACUGGGAACAGUGCAGAGAACACUUUGGUGUAUUGUGGCAAAACCAAAGUAUUUAUGGCCAAUUCUGUGCUGGAGCAACUUGAAGCUAGAAGAGCAGCAGUGUUAAAUAAGAAAGCAUUUUGCAUUCAGUGCUGCUGGAGAAGAUUCAAACAGAAGAAACUAGCAAAGGAGAGAUGGUCUGCAAUUGUCAUCCAAGCAGCUGUCCGUUCCUGGUUAGCCAGGAGUCGCUUCCAGCGGAUGCGCAGCGCUGCUGACCUUAUCAAACAUGGCUGGAGGAGAUGGAAAGCGAAAAUGGCUGCAUUAGCAGCAGCAGAACUGGAUGAGGGUGAAGGAAGGACGCUCUUAGUCCCUGCAGCUACACUGAUCUCAGCCAAACCACCUCACUCCUUGGAAACAAAGUGGCCUCUGCAGGCAGUAAUUCAGUUCUGGCCUCUUGGCCUUGUCCUGGCUGCAGCACCUGUCACUGUAAUGGGACUUCGGAGAGACCUGUCCCUGCUGGCAUGUCUCAAAGUGCUUCAGGAGAGCGACGGCUACAAGGUGGAAAGCAGCUCCUUUGGCUGUGGCAUUACAUCCAUUAGAGCUCUCCCACAGGGCUCUGUCAAGUUUCACUGCAAGAAGUCUCCGCUGCAUUACGCAGACGUCAGCCCCCACAGCGAUGCCCAUUCCACCACUGGACUAAACCAGAUUUUACUGGACAGAAAAAAAAGUCCUUCCAACAUAGCUCUUGGCCAUUGACACAACUGUACUUUUUCCUUCAGGGGAUGACUGGCUGCAAGCUGCUGCUUUCAAAUUACCCAACUUCCAUAUCUGCUGCUACCUCAGCUUGUAUGUAUGAUAAAGCUCAAAUUCACAACCCGUGGGGUGCAUUCAUCCUCCCACACAUGAAAUGUAAAUACUAGGAGAACACUGAAUUAACAAACCAAGUACUCUAAGGAAAAUACACUUGAACGUUUCUGGCACUACCUGAGAGAAGCAAGAGGAUGAUAAUCAGACAGCAAAUAAAGCAAGUAUUUCUGAUGUGGGCUGGAUUCUUCUUGGGAGGCACAGCUACAAAUGAUCUGACCGACCGUAAGUGUUCAGUACAUCACUUCUGACAGACUGAGGAAGUGAGGCUUGGUCAACUGUAACACUACAGGCAGAUGUCUCAGGGAAACACAAGCCUGGACUUGUUUUUUAUCCAUAGGACCAAACCAUAUGUAAGAACUUCCAUGCAUUUCUAGCACUCCCUGCUCAACAGCUUUACUUCUGCCAAGGCUCUCAUCAGACCUGAUCUAUACCAUUUCCUUGCUGCUGUCUGAAAAAGGUUUGUCUCUUCUGUGUGUGCCACCAAAUAAACCAUUAAAUACCUUGUA